AUGUCGAUGGGCCUGGAAAUUGGCGGGGUGUCCCUGUCCGUCCUGGGCUGGAUCGGCUGCAUCUUGUGCUGCGGGCUGCCCAUGUGGCGGGUGACGGCCUUCAUUGGCGCCUCCAUUGUCACUGCACAGAUCACCUGGGAGGGUCUCUGGAUGGACUGCGUGGUGCAGAGUACUGGCCAGAUGCAAUGCAAGGUUUAUGACUCCAUGCUGUCGUUACCCCCGGACCUGCAGGCCGCCCGUGCCCUGGUGGUCAUUGCCGUCCUCCUAGGUGCAUUGGGCAUCCUCGUCUUCUUGAUGGGGGCCCAGUGCACCCGCUGUAUCGAGGAAGAGUCCACCAAGGCCAAGGUGACCAUCGUCUCUGGAGUCGUCUUCCUCUUGUCCGGCAUGCUGGUCCUCAUCCCCGUCUGCUGGUCGGCCAACACCAUAAUCCGUGACUUCUACAACACGCUGGUGCCCCAAGCCCAGAAGCGAGAGCUGGGAGCUUCUCUCUACAUUGGCUGGGCAGCGGCUGCCCUCUUUCUUUUCGGGGGCGCCUUGCUCUGCUGCACCUGCCCCCCUAAAGAUGACAGGUACAGACCCACAAAUGUGGCCUACUCAGCCCCCAGGUCAGCAGUGACCAACUACGACAAGAAGAACUAUGUAUGAAGCGGCAGCCCACCCUGGGUGUAAAACUCAACCGCUCAUUGCUGCACCCGCCAGGAGGCUCCUGAACUUCACCGUCACUCACUCAAGAAAAGAGACAGUCAGAUAUAUCCUUGGGAAUACAUGCACAGAGAUAUGUUCUGCUUUAACUUUGGGGACUGAAUGAGGGGCUCUGGGCUGGCGUUCCCCCGCCACAAAGAAUCCCUGAAAAGGGGAAGGAAAACCCGUCAGCUCGUCCUUUCUCGUCUUCUCGUGGAUAGCCUUUGACUGAAAACACCUCUCGCCCCAUCUUGGACUUUCACUGAGUGCCUCUGCAAGAUUAGACCCUGCUUCCCGUCCCUCAAGCUUCGUCUUCAGCCAGCAAAGGUUGGCAAGGGGGCCAGGGCACUGUUUGUAAGCCAGGGAAGCCCCCGUGGGUGUGCCCUUCACAUUGCCUCUCUGCUGUUCAAGGCUCACA